UCGUACAGAGACCUCUGGUGCCUGACCCCAGUUCGCAUCCACAACCCUGGAAUAGCCCAUCACAGGCCCUUCACCCUUGGCAGGUGGACACCGUUCAACCUGCUGGGGCAGGAUGAACAUGGUGGAGGAUGUAGAUAGUUGGCGGGCGCAGGAGCGAGAGGACGUCAUCAGGAAAUAUGAACAGGGGCACCAAGCUGGGCUGCCAGAGGACAAGGGGCCUGUGCUCAUCAGAAUGUUCGAACACAUGGAUCUGUUUGGGAUUGUGCAUGAGAUGGAGCUGCCUUCUCUGACUGCGCGGGAGGCAAAGCGAAUUCGGCGGGAGACAAGGAGAAACAGCAAGUGGCUGGAGAUGCUGGGCGAAUGGGAGACGUACAAGAACAGUGAAAAGCUCGUAGAUCGCAUAUACGAGGGAAUUCCCACGAACAUCCGGGGCCCGGCGUGGUCAGUCCUCCUGAACAUUCAGGAAAUCAAGUUAAAAAACCCCAGCAAAUACAAGCUCGUGAAGCAGAAGGGCAAGAGGUCAUCUGAACACAUCCACCAGAUCGACCGGGAUGUUAGCAGGACUCUCCAGAACCAUGUCUUCUUCAGGCAUCGAUAUGGAGCCAGGCAGCGGGAACUCUUCUACAUCCUCCUGGCAUCUGCGGAGUAUAACCCGGAGGUGGGCUACCACAGGAACCUGAGCCACAUCGCCCCCUUGUUCCUCCUGUAUCUGCCUGAGGAGGACGCAUUCUGGGCACUGGUGCAGCUGCUGGCCAGUGAGAGGCACUCCCUGCAGGGAUUCCACAGCCCAAAUGGCGGGACAGUCCAGGGGCUCCAAGACCAUCAGGAGCAUGUGGUACCCACGUCACAACCCAAGACCAUGUGGCAUGACAUAGACGCUGGUCUAUGCGGGCAGUGUUUCUCGUUAGGCUGGCUUCUCCGGAUGUUAAUGAAGAUCUCUCUCGGGCUGACCCUGCGCCUGUGGGACGUGUACCUGCUACAAGGAAAACAAGCACGGAUGCCCAUGACCACCAUUGCGUUCGAGGUGCAGAAGAAGCGCCUCAAGGAGACAUCCAGUUCUGGCCUGUGGGCGUGCUUUCGGAGCCAGUUCUGCCGUCACUGGGCCAGGGAUGAUGACACGGUGCUCAAGCACGUCAGGGCCUCUGUGAACAAACGAGGGAGGAAUCAAGCGGACCUGCCACCCUCAGCCAAAGCCGAGCAAGGGUCCUCGGCACCCGGGCCUGUGCUGGCUUCACGUGGCGGGAAGACCUUCUGCAAGGGGGACAGGCAGGCCCCUCCAGGCCCACCAGCCCGGUUCCAGCGGCCCAUUUGGUCAGCUUUCCCGCCACGGGCACCUCAUUCUUCCACACCCUGUCCUGGUGGGGCUGUCCGGGAAGACAGCUACCCUGUGGGCACUCAGGGUGUGCCCAGCCCGGCCCUGGCUCAGGGAGGACCUCAGGGUUCCUGGAGAUUCCUGCAGUGGAACUCCAUGCCCCGUCUCCUGAUGGACCUGGAUGUAGGGGGCCCUUGGUUCCCCCAUUAUGAUUUCGAACAGAGCUGCUGGGUCCGUGCCAUAUCCCAGGAGGACCAGCUGGCCACCUGCUGGCAGGCUGAACACUCUGCCGAGGGAGUGAGAUUGGCUCUCGCUGCACCCAGCACUGAUUCCGACCAGGACACCUCCUUCGCAGCUAGGGACGAGGAGCAGUGCACUCCCACCUCAGGGCCUUAUUAUUUAGUUAAUAGGAUUGUACUCAUGUUACAUCUCUCAAUUUUUUUUUAAGAGAUAAAGUCUCACUCUGUCACCCAGGCUGGAGUGCAGUGGUGCAAUCAUGGCUCACUGCUUCCUGGAACUCAUGGGCUCCAGCAAUCCUCCUGCCUCAGCCUCCUGACUAGGUGGGACUAUAGGCACACGCCACCGUGCCUGGCUAAUUUCUUGGACUUUUCUCUAGAGACAGGGUCCACCCGUGUUUCCCAGGCUGGUCUCAGACUUCUAGACUCAAGUGAACCUGAACCUCCCGCCUCGACCUCUCAAAUUGCUGGGAUUACAGGUGUGAGCCACCACACCCGGCCUGAAUUUCUUAUGUGCCAUGCUACUACAAAACGUCAUUAGGGCUUCCUUCCCCUCCCUCCUUCCCUCCUUUCCUUCCUCCCUCCCUUCCGUCCUUCCUUCCCUCCCUCCCUCCCUCCCUCCCUCUGUGGCCCCGGCUGGAGUAAACUGGGCUCGCUGCAGACUCCCUGCCUCCGGCUCCCGUGAUUCUCCUGCCCUGGCCUGCGCGCUGCCUGGGAUUGCCGCCGCGCGCCACCACCCCUCCCUGGUUUUUCUCCUUUGGCUGGAGGCGCCGUUUCGCCAUGUCGGCCAGGCUGGUCUCCAGCUCCUGACCUCCACUGCUCUGCCCGCCUCGGCCUCCCGAGGUGCUGGGACUGCAGAAGGAGGCUCGGUGUGGCCCGGGCUGGAGUGCGGUGACGUGGUCUUGGCUCGCUGCAGCCUCCGCCUCCCAGCCGCCUGCCUUGGCCUCCCAGGGUGCUGGGAUUGCAGCAUCUGCCCGGCCGCCACCCCGUCUGGUAAGUGAGGAGCCCCUCUGCCCGGCCGCCCCCCCGUCUAGGAAGUGAGGAGCACCUCUGCCCGGCCGCCCCAUCUGGGAAGUGAGGAGCACCUCUGUCCGGCCGCCCCCCCGUCUAGGAAGUGAGGAGCACCUCUGCCCGGCCGCCCCAUCUGGGAAGUGAGGAGCACCUCUGCCCGGCCGCCCCGUCUGGGAAGUGAAGAGCCCCUCUGCUGGGCCGCCACCCCAUCUAGGAAGUGAGGAGCGUCUAUGCCCGGCCGCCCCGUCUGUGAAGAAGUGAGGAGCGCCUCUGCCGGGCCGCCACCCCGUCUAGGAAGUGAGGAGCGUCUCUGCCGGGCCACCACCCCGUCUAGGAAGUGAGGAGCCCCUCUGCCGGGCCGCCACCCCGUCUAGGAAGUGAGGAGCGUCUCUGCCCGGCCGCCCCGUCUGGGAAGUGAGGAGCCCCUCUGCCCGGCCGCCACCCCAUCUAGGAAGUGAGGAGCGUCUAUGCCCGGCCGCCCCGUCUGUGAAGAAGUGAGGAGCACCUCUGCCCGGCCGCCCCGUCUGGGAAGUGAGGAGCGCCUCUGCGCAGCCGCCCCAUCUGGGAAGUGAGGAGCACCUCUGCCUGGCCGCCCCGUCUGGGAUGUGGGGAGCGCCUCUGCCCAGCCUCCCUGUCUGGGAGGUCUACCACAGAGGCCAGAAGCAAUGUGGGGGCUGGAUGUGGUGGCUCACGCCUGUAGUCCCAGUACUCUGGGAGGCUGAGGCGGGUUGAUCACUUGAGGCUAGGAGCUCGAGACCAGCCUGGCCAACAUGGCGAAACAUAUGAAAAACACAACUGUCAAACCAACCAACGAACCAAGCGACAACAAAACAGGUCUACCCUGGAGUCAUACUCUAAUUUUUUCUAUUUUCCUCCCUUUCUAAUCCUUUAUCCCACUUUCUUUUUCUUCCUCUUCCUUCUCCUUCUUCUUUGUCAAAUAGAGGAUUGAGUUAUUAUCAUUGAUCCAUACAAAGUCCCUCUCUCAUUUAUUUUCUUUAAUUCCCACCCCCCAUUUCUAUUCCCCGUCUUCCCAUGUGCAACCUUCCUAAUAUGUUUGAUAUGCAUCUUUUUGUUAGUAUGUAGUUUUAGAAAAUGUUUAUUGUUUUGUGUGCAAAAAUAAAUAAAUAAAUAAAAUAAAAAUAAAAUUUAAAAAAGUCAUUAUGAGGGGAAGUUGGAUGGAAGGUGCAGGAGGACGCUGUAGUGCCUUUACAAUAUUUCUGUAUAUCUAAAAUCAUUUCAACAGGAAACAUUUAUUUCAAAACGUGAAGGUUUUGAUGACACCAUGAGCCUGCCUUUGUACUUUAAACUCAUGGAAGGAGAACCACCUUCACGUCUGGAAAUCAAUGUUUCCUGUUGAAAUGAUUUUAGAUAUACAGCAAUAUUGUAAAGGCAGGCCGGGCGUGGUGGCUCAUGCUUGUAAUCCCAGCACUUUGGGAGGCCGAGGCGGGUGGAUCACGAGGUCAGGAGAUCGAGACCUCAGUGAAACCCCGUCUCUACUAAAAAUACAAAAAAUUAGCCGGGUGUGCCGGGCGCGGUGGCUCACGCUUGUAAUCCCAGCACUUUGGGAGGCUGAGGCGGGCGGAUCACGAGGUCAGGAGAUCGAGGCCACGGUGAAACCCCGUCUCUACUAAAAAUACAAAAAAUUAGCCGGGUGUGCCGGGCGCGGUGGCUCACGCUUGUAAUCCCAGCACUUUGGGAGGCUGAGGCGGGCGGAUCACGAGGUCAAGAGAUCAAGACCACGGUGAAACCCCGUCUCUACUAAAAAUACAAAAAAAUUAGCCGGGCGUGGUGGGGGGUGCCUGUAGUCCCAGCUACUCAGAGAGGCUGAGGCAGGAGAAUGGCGUGAACCCGGGAGGCGGAGCUUGCAGUGAGACGAGAUUGCGCCACUGCACUCCAGCCUGGGCGACAGAGCGAGACUCUGUCUCAAAAAAAAAAAAAAAAGAAAUAUUGUAAAGGCACUACAGCGUCCUCCUACACCUUCCAUCCUGCUGCCCCUAAUAAUGACGUUUUGUAGUAGCAUGGCACAUAAGAAAUUCAG